UAGGAGGAAGUUGGCUGAGCGGUCUGGUGUAGGAGAGAGUCCUCCACAAGAAGGAGCCAUGCAGUGUGGAGUGAGAGAGAAGGUACUUUGGCUUCUCCGCGGGACGUACAAAGAAGCCACUUUCUUGGAACAUCUGCCUCCCCGCACUCUGCCCCGUGUAACACGGCACAUGGUUUCCUGAACCGCUGCAUGGAGGCUGAGGACAGCACGCCCCAGGUCCUGAAGGAGAGAGCUGCUGCGGGAGGGAGGAGACUCUGAGACCCACAGCAGCACCUUCUAGGGAAGAUGGAGAUCUGUUUGCAUGGCCGGCUUAAGGACAGGUGUACUCAUGCAGAAAGCCGACUGUGAGCGGACCCCCAAGCGGCCCCGACGCGAUGGCAGCCCGAGAACGCCGCAGAACAUGUCUUUCGCAGCGGCGAGGAGUUCUCCAGGUCCUGAACUCCACCCCGACCAUCGGAACUGGAGCAUGGAGCAGGUGGUCUCCUUCCUAAAGCGCAAUGGUUACGACAGUCCCGUACUGCUGCGCCACAUCCAAGAAAAUGAAAUCACAGGUCCAAAACUGUUCCUUCUUACUGAUUCCGACCUUGAAAGUUUUGGAAUGAGUUCCUUGUCCAAGAGAAUGAAGCUGCUUAGUUUUCUUCAUCAUCCGGUUUCUUUGAAGGUUAUUAAUGAUCCUAUCCAUGGCCAUUUUGAACUUCACCCUCUCCUUGUCCGGAUCAUCGACACACCUCAAUUUCAACGGCUCCGAUAUAUUAAACAGUUGGGAGGCACUUACUAUGUUUUUCCAGGAGCUUCACACAAUCGAUUUGAGCACAGUCUAGGUGUAGGACAUCUAGCAGGAUGUCUGGUCCAAACACUGAGAGAAAAACAACCAGAGCUGCAAAUAGAUGAACGAGACAUGCUCUGUGUCCAGAUCGCUGGGCUUUGUCACGACCUUGGUCACGGGCCCUUUUCUCAUAUGUUUGAUGGGAGAUUUAUUCCACUUGCUCGUGAAGAUGUGCAGUGGAAGCAUGAACAGGGCUCGGUUGAUAUGUUUGAGCACCUCGUUAAUUCUAAUGAUCUCAGACCCGUCAUGGAGCGCUAUGGCCUCAUCCCUGAAGAAGAUAUUUGCUUUAUCAAGGAACAAAUUAUAGGACCGCCUGCAUCACCAGUGAAAACUUCAUCUUGGUGCUAUAAGGGACGUCCUAAAGAGAAGGCCUUCCUUUACGAGGUAGUGGCCAACAAAAGGAAUGGCAUCGAUGUGGACAAAUGGGACUAUCUUGCCAGGGACUGCCAUCAUCUUGGAAUUCAAAAUAAUUUUGACUACAAGCGCUGUCUUAAGUUCGUCCGUGUCUGUGAAGUAGAAGAGAUGAUGUGCAUUUGUACCAGAGAUAAGGAGGUUGAGAAUCUGUAUGACAUGUUCCAUACACGCCACUGUUUGCACCGCAGAGCUUAUCAACACAAAGUCAGCAACAUCAUUGAUAGAAUGAUUACAGAUGCUCUCCUGGAAGCAGACCCCUACAUAGAGAUUACAGGUACUAAUGGGAAAAAAUACCACAUUUCCACAGCCAUCGAUGACAUGGAAGCCUACACUAAGCUAACAGAUAACAUUUUCCUGGAGAUUUUAUACUCUACUGAUCCCCAAUUGGACGCAGCACGAGAGAUUUUAAAGAAAAUUGAAUGCCGUAAUCUGUACAAGUACGUGGGUCAGGUUCUGCUAAGCGGAGAGAAGGAGAAACUUGAAAGGAAAGACUAUAAAAAUCUUCCAAAAGAGAUCGCUGAUGCCAAACCUGACGGAAUGAAGCUAGAAGCCGAACUGAAGGCUGAAGAUAUCAUCGUGGAUGUUGUCGACAUGGACUAUGGGAUGAAAGACAAGAACCCUAUGGAUAAUGUUCACUUCUAUUCUAAGACUGACUACAGCCACGCCAAAAACAUUACUAAAAAUCAGGUCUCACACUUCCUGCCGGACAUCUUUGCGGAGCAGCACGUCCGACUGUACUGUAAGAAGACGGAUCACAUGAGCCUGCACGCCGCGCAACAGCAUUUCAUAAAGUGGUGCCAAGACAGGGAUUUCCCCAAUCCAAAGGAAGGCGAUUUUGGGACACCUCUAAACCUGGUGAAUUCCCCGCAUGUACCUCACAACCGAGGAGACAGAGCCCGGGCCAAGCUGAAAUUCACGGGUGACUCUGCGUAAAUCCCUGCGGUCACUUGUUUACGGAAGUCCCUCACUGCAGCACAAUGAAUUACCUGGGGGAAUUUGAUCCGGACUUAUACAAAUUUAGUGACAACAGGUGCUUUUUAUUUUAUAUUUUGAAUGUAUACCUAUGCUGAACCUAAGCAAUUUUUAUUCAAAGAAACAAAAAGGUAUUAGGCACAGCUUGCUAUACAUGCUAUGAAAAGUAUUACCUCGUCUAUUUUUAAUAUUAAUUAAAGCCUUUCUCUUUUACUGGUCUAUAUUUUCUUAGCAUAACAAUUCUUUUAUAUACUCUGAACUUUUGGGACAUGAUUGUUUUUUAAAAAACAAACUUGGAAACGAUACGAGGGCACACACUGGAAUUCGAAGUUGGGAUUGUCACGAACGGCGACGGUCACAGAGCGCACACCAAGUCCUGGCCCGCCGCGGAGGCACCGCCCUGAGUCCGGCUCACCUUUGGGGACCGAGACAGCAGUGAAGGACCUACCCGCCCUGGCUCUUCUAGCCGAGUCGGGGUGGACAGCAAGGGGUGAGAGCCAGGGGCAGGCUCCAACUCUUCGGUGAGAAGCCUUAUUAAGCUACUGAAAAUAUCUGAGGGCUUUGACCUCUGCACUGGGACAUAAAAUACCCUUUAGGCGACCUUACCGUCAGUGGCAGAGGGAUCCCCCAAACCAGGCUGUUCUCUGGGUGGGCUGUGGCUCCAGACCCAGGCGGUUUCCUUGUCUCCCGAACACUCACCGCCCAGCCCGGAGAAAGAGGCCCCCUCCGACCUGCUCCCUGCACCUCUCUUGUGAGUCCUCGCAGGGCCCUCCUCGGGGCUGCUACAGCUGGGGCUUUGUUUGUGCUGGUUCAGGGCACUUUAUGGUUUCAGAGCAAAGACUGAGCUGCCCGUACUGAGAGGAGUGGUUACCCAUUGAAUUCCAGGUUCCCCUUUGUCAAUGGACUUCUAUACCUCGGGCGGUGGAGUGGACACCCCUGCGGCUGAGCCGCGCUCCUGUGCUGAGCGCCUGCCCCCGUCCCACAUGCGCUUCCACUUCUACAGAGUUCACCGAGGGCAAAGUCCGAGUUUUAGAGCCAAAGCCAGCCACGGCCAGAGGGCCCCGAAGAUGCUCAGCAGUGAGGGCAGUGAGGAACAGGAGGGUGAGCUCCUAACCUAUGCUCUGGUGCUCCCCGCGGCAGGUGGGAGUGGGGAGCCCAGCCCGGCUCUGGGCAAGAGUAAGUAGAGGAAGGGAGGAACUCAGACCCCAGGCUGACGGAUUGUCCUGACUCCGGAGUGCUGCCCCGCCCUCUGUGUAAGCAGGCUCUGCUCUGUGGCCACGGGGGUGAGACGUAGUUGGAAUGUCUGCCCUUCUGUAUUGGCUCCACCCCUCCCCCCAUCCGUUAAUAGGCAAUCAAGGGUUUAGGAGAAUCGCAAAACCCUUCUGCCACUCCCACGCUGAUGCCGUGUUGGCGGGGGCGUGUUCACGUGGGGGCUCAGGACGCACAGGUGAGGUCAGCUGUGAUACUGGGGCACAUCUCUUUUGGCCAGAAUGCCUCUGAAACAUUCACCUAGGAGAACCGUUGGCCUCAGACUUCACCUACCCAAACCAGUGAGUGAGAAUGUCAUGUUGUAAUGUUUCUCUGCUGAAAUUGUUUUAUUUCUGUGACCCCUACCUUGAAAUCACUGUGGUUUACUUUGUAAUUGUGUGGUCCCCGUACUGUAUCAUUGUGCUGAGAAACAACUUGAAUCUCUUGGUCUAAGGCAGCUGCACUUUACGCUAUUUCCAACUGUUUGAAUGAUGACAACUAUGUGUCAUUUACAAGGUUAGAGUUAAGAAACAUCUUCACUGUUGGUAUAAAAAUGGAGACUUUAACAGCUUAGUAUCUGGAGCAACCUUGUGUUAUCACCUUGAAACUGUAAAAAGAAUUGGGUUGAAGUAACUGGUUACCUAAUUUGAGUGAGGGGAAUAUCUGCAAUAAAGCUUCAUAAUAUAUUCA